AGGUGAGUCGGUGUGUUGUGGACUCGUGGUGCUGGCUGCCGCUGUUGAGGCGGCCGGGAACGGGCGGUGGGGAGCGGGCGGAGCUGGUCCUGCGUCGGCCUGGUCAGCGCCACAGUCGGCGCGGGCCGCGCCCGUCGCCGUAAACUCCCCUGAGCGCCUGCUGAGGCCGGGGGAGACAUCGGGGCCUGCACCUGAAAGGAGCCUGCGGCGCUGGCCCCGAGGAGGGGGCGUUGCCAUGGCGACAACCUCUCCCGCAGCUGACGGGGGACGGGGGCGGCCCUGGGAAGGAGGGCUGGUCUCCUGGUCCCCUGCGCCUCCUCUUACGCUCCCCUGGACUUGGAUGGGCCCGAGUUGGGGGCAACACCCCGGGCAUUGGGGCUUUCCAGCUCUCACAGAACAUUCAGCAUCUCCUGCUGCCAGUCUUGGCAUCUUCGAAGUGAGGAGAGUUUUAGAUGCUUCUGGAUGUUCAAUGCUAGCACCUUUACAGACUGGAGCAGCUCGAUUUUCUUCAUAUUUACUUUCAAGAGCAAGAAAAGUGCUGGGCUCCCACUUAUUUUCUCCCUGUGGUGUUCCGGAGUUCUGCUCCAUAUCCACCAGAAAGCUGGCGGCCCACGGCUUUGGCGCAUCCAUGGCGGCAAUGGUGUCCUUCCCUCCCCAGAGGUAUCACUACUUUUUAGUGCUGGACUUUGAGGCCACGUGUGACAAGCCACAGAUCCAUCCUCAGGAAAUCAUUGAAUUCCCCAUCUUGAAGCUAAAUGGUCGGACCAUGGAGAUUGAGUCUACCUUUCACAUGUAUGUCCAGCCUGUAGUCCAUCCACAGCUUACCCCCUUCUGUACAGAGCUCACCGGGAUUAUUCAAGCCAUGGUGGAUGGUCAGCCAAGCCUGCAGCAAGUGCUGGAGAGGGUCGAUGAGUGGAUGGCGAAGGAAGGCCUCUUAGAUCCAAACGUCAAGUCAAUUUUUGUCACCUGUGGAGACUGGGACUUAAAAGUCAUGCUUCCCGGCCAGUGCCAGUACUUGGGCUUGCCAGUGGCAGAUUACUUCAAGCAGUGGAUUAAUCUGAAAAAGGCUUACAGCUUCGCCAUGGGCUGCUGGCCCAAGAACGGACUUCUAGACAUGAACAAGGGCCUCAGCCUGCAACACAUAGGUCGACCCCACAGCGGCAUUGACGACUGCAAGAACAUUGCCAACAUCAUGAAGACACUUGCCUAUCGAGGCUUCAUCUUCAAGCAGACAUCUAAGCCAUUCUGAUUGGCCGAGGACGGGAUGGGGCAGGACAGGGUAGCUGCUUGGCCCAGCCCAGAACCCUCCUCUCCGUCAUGGAGGGGAAAAGGGAGAGUGGCACAGCUCUACAUCCAGAGUGUCCCCCAGCUGCCCUAUGGGCUUGUGUCCCGGGCAAGGGCUUGGCCACUUGGCCCCUCUGGAGCAGACACUUUGUGCCCCCCCACCCCCACCCCUCAACCUCAGCCCAGUAUUAGCCCCUCCCAUUGUGGACCUGGGCUAGGGGGACCCAGGCACUCACUGCCUCUUCCCCAGUACACAGGCUUCUGCUGGGGCCACCAAGCCCCCCUGUGCCCCCUCCCAUCCAUAGUGCAUGGUGUGUGGUGCCCCCAGGGCUCCAGGACAGAUCAGGCCCCACCCUGUGUCUACCCCUAUCCCCGCUGUGAAUGUGCCACUGAAUAAAGUCGGGGAAAUGAGGCCCUGGGUGUGUGUGCAAAGCCA